UGUUGAGUUAAACAGAUACCACCAACCGAAGAAGAAAAAAAAGGGAAGAAAAUAAAAACAUUGAACGGAGCUAGCUAGCAAAAAAUCGAAGUCAAAACAAUCUUUGAAAUGGUUUUACUGUAAUCAAAAUCAAAUCAAACCCAAUAAGGAAUCAAAAGAAAGAUAAGAUUAGGGUUUGAGUAAGGGAAGAGUUGAAGAGAGAAAAAUCAAAGUGAAUUGAAAUGCCGGAAGAAGAUUUGGUUGAUAUCAAGUUUAGGUUAUACGAUGGUUCUGAUAUUGGACCGUUUAGGUAUUCAUCUGCUGCUACUGUUGAUAUGCUUAAGCAAAGAAUUGUCUCUGAUUGGCCUAAAGGCAAAACGUUCCUGCCAAAGUCAGCAAAUGAAGUGAAAUUGAUUAGUUCUGGUAAAAUAUUGGAAAACAACAAGACUGUUGGUCAGUGUAAAGCACCAUUUGGUGAUAUUGCGGGUGGAGUUAUAAUCAUGCAUGUUGUCGUACAGCCAUCUCUAGCAAAAUCUAAGGCUGAGAAGAAGGUUGAUGAUUCAUCCAAGAAGGUUGUCUGUUCUUGUUCUAUAAUGUGAAGACAGUUUGUGAGUUGGAGAUGCUUUCAUCAAUCACUUGUGAACCACAGAAAACCAUCUGCUUGAUCAAAAUACUUCUAUUUUCGGCAUCCCUGUGUAAAAUACGUAUACAAGCAAUUAUAUAUUUAUAGAAAAGUUUGGGUUAAUGGUGUGACUUCUGAAGAUGAUGUCAUUCUUUUUAUUACAACGUCUAAAAGGAUUGAAAACAAUGUAAUCAUUGAUUGCUACCAUUAUGCAUGACGUUUUCACUUUGCAUUUU